UGAUGCAGUCAAGGUGGAAAUUCGCAGUGGAAAAUUUUGAAAUUCGAUAAAAUUUCGUGUAUUCUGUAUUUGUAAUGUUGUUGAGAUUGUCGUAAGUUACCUUAUUGCGGAGGAUCGUCGUGCGUUGUGUUGCGAAAUGUUUAUUCAUUGCUAGUUCGGUUUAAGAUUGUGUGAUGAAGUAGCUUGCGGCUCAGUGAAAAAAUUGCUCAAAAAGUUUGAUCAAUAUCGUCGACGAACGGUGUGCGAGUGGUCACGUAUAGAAAAUUUUCCUCCGAGUUUUCCGAGGGGCGUAAAGAUCCAAGUGAAAAUUAAAAAUAUUGUUAUUUUUGUGCUGUUCUUGCCGGCGCGUUUGUGUCUGAUUGUCAUACAAAGUAGGCAAAGUGUUUUAUUGCAUCAUUCUUCGGUACAAAUCCCAUUGGCGAAAAGUCAAGCAUUUUGCUGCGUAAUUUCACGCCGGAGGGCGACCGGCGAAGACGAAGGAGAGUAAAGAUCUUGCUGCUGCAAAAAUAAAAGUGGAAGUGAAGAUUGCUCGUUCAGUGAGAGGUGAAAAAACAAAAUGUCGAACGUUGGGGACAAAUUGGAACUUUCUCGGGACGAGUUUCGGAACAUUACGCAGUGUUUGGGGAAUGAAGAGUUUCGAAAAUUGUUUGCUGAGUACUGCCAGGAGCUGAACGAUCCGGAUAACCGGAAACAGUACGAGGAAGAGCUCAAGAUGCUGGAAGCCGAACGGGGAUACGACGUGAAGUUCAUUAAACCUUUGCCGGGUUAUGUAAUUAAGACCGUAGUUGGUGGAAAUAGGAAGGCUUUUGUCAACGUUUGUCACUGCGACCUGGUGGGGAAACCGUCGAGCCAAUGUUCCGUCAACGAGAAAGGCCAAAAGGGUCUCAAGUGGAGCAUUCCCUAUGCCCAAAGUCAGCCGAGGAAAGAUUACGAUAACAAAAAUGUUGAUUGUGUUGUUUACGAUGUGGUGUUCCAUUACGAUACGCUGCAUUUGACAAAAAGUAAUAAAAACUUCCGCAAAUUGGUAACCGACACUGCCCUGGAUGCCGUGGAAGGAGCAUUCAAUGUGUCUUUGGAUAGAAUUAACUUAAAAUUUCCUAAACUACAGUACAAAGGUGUCGCAAAGAUGACCGUAAUUCGUCAAAAAUCCACUAAUUUCGAAACCCGGCAAAAAGAUGGCCUAAUUGAUACGCUUUACCGUGCAUCCGAGCGGAAAGAACCGGUUCAUGAUAACGAAAACGCUGAUAAGGAAAACAUCAACAAACAACCAUUUGGUCCCGCAUCUCAACAAGAAUACACAACGCCAUCCUACAAAUUGAUCCACCGGAAAGAAGUCGAAUACCACGAGCUGACCGGAGAGUUGGAUGCAAAAAUGGAAGCCGCCAUCCCGAAGGAGCUAGUGCUGGUCAUUGAGCUUCCCCUUCUGAAAUCGGCCAACCAGUGUGCCCUAAAUGUCACCAGCAGCGAGGUACAUCUAAUCAGCGACCGCCCGGCGGCGAAAUACAAGUUGGAAGUCAAAUUGCCCUACACGGUGUCGGAGAAGCACGGAUCCGCCAAGUUCAACACGGAUGAGAACACUUUGACCGUUGUUCUGCCGGUUGUCAGGAGCAGUCGUACGCUGAAUGACGUGUCUGUUGUGAGCAAGAAGGAUGAAAGCUAUCCUGAUGAAAUGGCCCAAAAACCAGUGGAAAAAGUUGACCUCUCCAAACUACAACAACCCAGUUCGAACAGCGCUAAUAAGAAGAUAAUUUUCCCAAAGUUCUCCGCAAACAAAAUGGAUAACAUCUUUGCAUUUACGUUAAACGUUCGUAACGUCGACCCGUCCAGCAUAGAGCUACAAAAAGGCACCGAUUCGGUCAGCUGCAGAUUCACUAACAUUGGCAACGGAUUCUUCCCCUGCUACUACAUAUUCUUUGCCCGGUUUCCAAAUGCCAACAUUGCAGAGGUUGAACAUGAGGAGUGGGAUAACAACAUAAUUCUGCAAGUGGUGCUCGAUCAUGGACUCAUCGAUAGCUAUUAUGCUGGAACGAACGAAAACGAUCUGGUGCAGUAUUCUAUCAUGGAAGAUAUCACUGAUAAGAUCAACAAUUUCGGGAAGGAAAUUGAAGAUGACAGUCUUUGUAUAGCGGUGUCCAAAAAUGCCAUCAAACAGGAACGCAAAUUGUCCCAUCUGAGCAUCGAAAUCAAAACAAAAGAUGAUACCGAAAGCGACGAAGGGAUCGAUUCUGCACCAGAGGGAGAACUAAAGACUGAUCAAUCAAUGCAAGAGGAUGAACAGCAAGAGGAUGUGAAGGCACAUGCGGAGGUGGUCGAUGCUACAGUUUCCGGCGAAAAUGUGACAAACAUCGAGCAUGAAGGGCACGAGAGCAAGAAGGGCAAAAGAAGUCAACGCCGGAAAAACAAGAAACGAUCUUUAUCGGAGUCAUGCUGUGAUCAAUUGAAGAUUACAGCAGAUGAAACCACAUCCAAGAUUGAGCCAAAAACUGAGGCAAAUGCAUUCGAAAGUUCCGGUAACAGUGAAGCGGCUUCCAAGCAACGAAAAGCUCGCAGCGUUUCCGAAUCAUGCCACAGUGCCACAGAUAACGAUGCAGUUGACUCGGCUUCCGUGGACAAUUUAUCGGCCCUGAUACAGUUCAACCACAAGUACAAAGGUAUCUUGAAGCGUUCGUCUCUUCAACGGAGCAUCAGCGAAUGCUCGUCCAUCGAUGAACACUAUUAUCUGGGCACCUCGGUGGAUGGAUCGAGCGUCGCCGAAUCAGUUGAGCAAACGAACGGUGAAUUGUCCGAAAGUUGUCGCAAAACAGUGCGAUUCAGUGAUUCAAUUAAAACCAAAUUGUUUAGAUCCAACACUAGCAUUCUCGGACAAAAAAAGAAGAACGCAAAGAAAAACGAGAGCAAACGUCGCGCUUUGACUCGUCGUCUAAGCGAAGGAGAAAGCACUGAUAAUGAAGAUAAGGAUCACCCAACCAACAACGAAGCACCGGUCCCAGUAGUACAAAGAGACGUUGAGCAUGAUAGUGGAAUCUCGCUGGACUCCGAUGUGGGACACUCCAUCGAAGCAAAUGCAGAAUCUGAAGCGCAGAACCAGCAGCAAAAUGAUUCGACUAAACCGAUCGAAAUCAGUCGUAAGGUGGAAAAGAAAUUCAUCGCCAGCAAAAGCAAGAAUUGCAAUUCAGCUCAAUGCAAAAAUGCCAAGCGCAACGAUUCCAGUGAUAUAGAGUUCAAGAGCGAUAUGAUUUUUGAUAUCGAAAUGUAGCACGCAUGGCCAUUGUAGGCCACUUUCGAAGUGUAAGCAGUUUAACGUUUUUCACUUCCGGUUAGGUUUUGAUCGUAAUGCUAGUACUCUUUGAGGGUACGUUUUUAAUAGAGUGUGCAAGUCCUACUACAUCACAAUAUUGUUAUAUGUUUGAAUACAAAAUUCACGAGAAAAACCUCCUUAAAUACGAGCAUUAGAUCGAAAGAUUAGAACUUCGUUUGUACCUACUUAGGAAUCACAAAUCAAAACUUAAAAGAUUGGAUUGAUAGAGUUUAUCAUAAUCCGUUAAAGCUGAAUAAACCCAAAUGGAUGCAAUUGCCAUAAAAAUCAA